AUGGCCCGGUCAAGCUCCGCCAGCUCUACAGCAGAGCUCGAGCCGCGCAGUGAAUCACCGACUGCUGUGGCGCCCUUCAAGGCUCUGUCGUUUCUAGAUCAGUUUCUAUGGCUCUGGAUUAUAUUGGCAAUGGCCAUCGGCAUCAUACUUGGUCGCUUCGUUAACGACAUCCAGCAAAAGCUAGACACAUCCAAGCUGAUCGGUGUGUCGGCGCCUAUCGCGGUUGGCCUGCUCGUCAUGAUGUAUCCCAUCCUUUGCAAAGUCCAGUACGAGCGGCUACACCACAUUCUUCGAGCCAAGGGCAUUUGGCGACAGAUUGCGUUCAGUGUUGUUGUGAACUGGCUAGUGGCGCCACUGCUCAUGGUCGCUUUGGCGUGGGCAUUUCUGCCUGACCAGCGCGACUUGCGCGAAGGCCUCAUUCUUGUUGGCAUCGCACGCUGUAUCGCCAUGGUCCUGAUUUGGACCAAUAUCGCCGGUGGUGACGAUGAAUACUGCGCCAUUUUGGUCGGCAUCAACUCCCUCUUGCAGAUUGUCCUGUUUGCACCCUUUGCCAUUCUCUACAUCAACAAAUUCGUGCCGAGUGGAACAAAUGGCGACCUGGAUGUUUCUUACUCGACCGUGGCUUCGUCUGUCGGUGUCUUCCUCGGCAUCCCUCUGGCUGCAGCCAUUGUGACACGCUUGGCUCUGCGCAAACUGCUUGGUAAUGAUCGCUACCAAAAAUACUUCAUCCGCAUCAUCUCUCCGUUAUCGCUCAUUGGGCUCCUAUUCACGAUCAUCAUUCUGUUUGCAAGUCAAGGACGGCAUGUCACCGAUGAGAUUGUCGCUGUUGUCCGCGUUGCCGCACCACUCGUCGUCUACUUCGCCAUCACGUUCGCUUUGACGCUUCUUGCAUGUCGAAACGUCAUGCACUUCAACUACGAAGUGAGUGUAGCACAAACUUUCACUGCCAGUUCCAACAACUUUGAACUGGCCAUUGCAGUGGCGGUAGCGACCUACGGUAUCAAUUCUCGGCAAGCCCUUGCUGCGACUGUCGGCCCACUGAUCGAAAUUCCAGUCUUGCUUGCGCUUGUGUACAUCUUCAAGUACUUACGGACACGUUGGACGUGGCAGCAAUCUACAAAGGAGGAGAGGUAG